AUUAUUUUAAUAAAUGGUUAACAUAUUGGACAUAUUUAACAAAUCGAUCAAAUAAAAAACACAAGAGCAGAAAGGAAAAUUAAUUGAGUUUGAUCUUGACAAUGUUAAGAUUGUAAAAUUAGACAAAAAGGUCGCUGAGCUUCUUGAAUCUCAAACUCAACUUGAAUCUUUAAGUCUUGUUGAGUGUUCCUUAAAGACACUUGAGGGAUUUCCUAAAUUACCAAAUUUGCAGAAUUUGGUGUUAGAAAUCAAUUAAUUAGAUGGAUAGGCCAUUAAUUUUAUUGCCAAUACUUAUCCAAAGUUAUUGUGUUUAAGUUUAGCAGAAAAUUCAAUUAAAACAUUUGCAGUAUCAUAUUAGAUAUAUCAUUAGGAAUUGGAGCCCAUCAAGCAAUUGAAAAAAUUACAACAACUAGAUUUUUCUGCUAAUCCUAUUGCUCAAUUGCCAGGAUACUUCUAAAAGGUCUUUGAUUUAGUUCCUGGACUGUAAAUCUUAGAUAACAAAGAUAAAAAUGGAAAUGAUAUUUCAUAUAGUGAUUAUGAAGAAGGUAUAAGACUAGAUUCAGACGAAUCAGAUGAUGAUUUAGAUGAGGACGAUGGUGACUUAGACGAAGAUGAUGAUUAUGAAUCAAGUCCUUAACUAACUAAAAAAACAAAAAAAUGA